AUGAAAUAUGAAGUGCGGGAGGACGGGGAUUCUGUUUGGGACUGGGCUGAACACCACAUUCCCCCAGGACCACAGCCAACAAGGGUGAAGUCAGUCGUGGUGCAUCAACACCUCAGGCGGGUGUCAGGGACGAGAAAGCAGAGACCGAGGGACAGCACCUGCCGCCCCUGCUCCCUGGUGCCGUUGCCAGCCCCAGCUUGCAUCGGCAGGAGAGACGCCGUGCAGCACGAGCGGGGCCCCCGGACGUCGACGAUACGGAAGCAGGUGGCUCUCUACUUCCGCGGGCACAAGGAGGAGAGCGGCGGAGCCCCGCACUUCCCCGCUGCCGCCCUGCCGGCGCCCGCCUUCUUCACCGCCGUCUCCCAGCUGGAGCCCCAUGGCCUGGAGCUGGCCGCUGUCACCGGCACCCCGGAGAGACAGGCUCUGGUGGGCCUGGCACAGCCCACCCCUAAGUACCCACAUGAAGUCAACAGUACCCCCAUGUAUCUCUACGAAGUGGCCACUGAAUCCGUCUGCGAGUCAGCAGCCAGACUUCUGUUCAUGAGCAUCAAGUGGGCCAAAAGUGUCCCAGCCUUCUCCACCUUGUCCUUACAAGACCAGCUGAUGCUUUUGGAAGAUGCUUGGAGAGAACUGUUUGUUCUAGGAAUAGCACAAUGGGCCAUUCCAGUUGAUGCUAACACUCUACUGGCUGUAUCUGGCAUGAACGGUGACAAUACAGAUUCUCAGAAGCUGAAUAAAAUUAUUUCAGAAAUACAGGCUUUACAGGAGGUUGUGGCUAGAUUUAGACAACUUCGGCUAGAUGCUACUGAAUUUGCCUGUCUCAAAUGCAUUGUCACUUUUAAAGCUGUGCCCACACACAGUGGUUCUGAACUGAGGAGUUUCCGAAAUGCUGCUGCCAUAGCAGCCCUUCAAGACGAAGCCCAGCUCACCCUGAACAGCUACAUUCAUACCAGGUACCCCACGCAACCCUGUCGUUUUGGAAAACUUCUAUUGCUUUUACCAGCUUUACGUUCAAUUAGUCCAUCUACAAUAGAAGAAGUGUUUUUCAAAAAGACCAUUGGGAAUGUACCAAUCACAAGACUGCUUUCAGAUAUGUACAAAUCCAGUGACAUAUAAAUUACCUUAAAAUAAACAAUCAGGAUGGACAGUCUGAGAAGAACUUCUAUCUAUGGAGAAUAAGCCUCAACUAACAAAAUCUACAGGAAGCAUAAGCCUGGGAAUGUUUAGUCCUUAAACUCAUUGACAAAAAAAUACCCCAGUAGAUAUGAUUCUGCUGCUCUGAACAGAGUGAUUUAGAUCAUGGAGAGAAUGCUUUGUUCUAUAGAAAAAGUGAAAGUGGUUGGAAUUUGGCUGCUAUUCCUGUUACUACAGGAUGGAGGCAAUUCAUAUGCCAGUCAUAGUUAACAAAGACUCUGCUAUUCUCUCAUUUAACUGGCAGAUCUGAGACAAAAUGUGAAAGAAGGUACUUUAGGUUGUUCAGUAUUUGGAACCGGGUGACCAAACUUGGCUUCUGUUGUAACACAAGAUGUGGUGGCCUUCAGAAUUGUUUUAAAAGUAGCCUAUGUUGGGAAAGUGUUUUUAAUAUGAUAGGCAACAUUUGAGAUCAAGUUACCAAAACAUUGCUUCUGCUAUAAUACAUCAUGAAGUGGCCUUCAGAACUGAUUAAAAGGUAGCUUAUGACGGCAGCUCCAUUCUUCCUACAAAAUGAACUGGUGAUCUUUGACGUGGAUGUCACCACAAUUUGUUCGGUUAACAUCUCAAAGACAGAAGAGCUUUAUACAUUUCCUCCCCGACCUUCCCUCCUUCUUCCACACACACGGACAUACACUCACACACACACAUACACACACACACCUGAAAAGAGACAACACAAGAAAGGAAGACUAAAACAGCAAAACCAAAUACAAUGGAGAUGACCGCUUCAGUGAUCUGCUGGCUGUCCCGCUGGCACAGUGCUGAAACCAAAGGCAACGGUGGCCAAACUCUUUGUUGAUUAAAUGUGCAGAGAAAUGAAAUGACUAUAAAAAAAUCCAUGGAAGGAAUUUUAUUUCAAAGAAAUAAAGGCUGUUGACUGAUACACUGCUAACUAUUUCCAAAAGUCUCCAAUGCCUUUUUAGAAAUCUCCAGGUUCUAAUUUUGAAGCCUUGUUCGCCUACACCCUCUCACACACACGAACGUUAUAAGCUGCUUAUUUGAUGUAUGAAAAAUGUAGAAAAAAAACAUUUAAAGAUAGCUGCUGUACUUUUCAAAAUUUGAUUUGUUAUUAGAAACUAGCACUGAGAAAGAUCAGCACUUGAACUAUCAUAGAAUGAGUAAAACUUUUCCUGUACAAAGUGGAUUAACCGAUUUGUGAAGUUAAAAAGUUGUACUCAUUGUAUUUACAAAGAAUAAAAAUAUAUUGAAUUUAAAUUACUUUCCACUGUUCUUUUAACUGUUGUCCUUAAUCAGCUUCUUCCACUGUCCCCUACUUAACAGGGAAUAGAAAAAUUCUUUACUAAAAUGGAUUGCCCUAGAUCCUGUGGAGUUUCCAUCACAAGAGGUUCUUAAAAACGGGUUAGACAAACAUUAAAGGAGUAGCUUAGGUGAUCCUGCCUUGUGAGAUCCUGCAUAGAGCUUUCUGUAACCCAACAUGUAGCUUUUGCUAGGAUGCAACACCAAGUGCAUCAGAGGUCUACCCCAGUUUGUGCCUUCUGUUGUAUGUUAUUACAAUUUUUAGUAUCAGUGAACUGUGCAGCUAACAAAAGGUGAUGAGCACAAAAGCACUGCUUCAAUUAAAAAAGACUGAGGUUUUAUUAAUGUGUCUAACUGCAUGAUCACACCAAAGAAGGAGGGAAAUAACUCCAAAUCAACAGAACAACUUGGCAAUAGUAGGAGGGAAAUGUAUUGUUCACAUGGCAAUGAGUAAUUGAAGAACAAUGCAUGCUAAAAUGACAGGUGGAAAUAUACUGUGUGUAUUGGUGGCUCAUUGGUUUGCAGUGUCAAGGAAUACAGGUCACAAGUGAAAUCCUAGCUCUGUUGACUUGCAAGCUCAAAAAUCUCAUAUGUUUCAGAGGUCAAAGUUUUAACCCCAGCUCUCCUCCAUCUGCAGUCUGCCGGGUCUCACAUUCUAUCUUUUCCAAGACAGACAGACCCUAAAUACACAACAUGAGUCACAGGCUAUGAGACCUCAAAGUAUCUUCCAUACAAACUAGCUCAGAGCACUUAAAAAGGCACUUAUUACAGGGCACAGCACAUUCUUAGAAAGAAAGCAACAUUCUUCCUGCACCUGUAAUCAUUUUCUGCUCUUAACACUAAAAAGGGCCUGAUAGGACAGAAAAAUUAAUUGUCGUUCUCCACUUUGUGGCAAUUCAGUUUAUGAGCUAGAGAAGCAGAACCCAGUGCUGCACAGAAUCCAUCACAGAACAUUCAUUUCAGUAAGAUUCAUGCUGCUGUCCCAGAGCAGCAAUAAACACGGACUGCAUCCACCCUGCUAGGCAACAGGGCAAUCACACCCUGCAGUUUGCUGUAGUCCCAGUCCCUACAUCACCCAGGCUAGAGGACAAAGCAGAGCGUACUGGCAAAGCAGGCAGGGCAAUGGGACCACACCCAUAUCUCAUCCUCUUACCUGCAAGACCUGGCCCAGCUGCAGAGCACACUCACUGGGAACAGUGCCCAGAUCCCUAUGGUUUAGGCACAGCUAAUCUCAGACUGUGUCUUGCUCUCACUACUGCACAUUGCACUGAAGCACAACCAGGUACACUACACUAGAAUUAGGGUCUCUAGAUAGCCUUGAAGGACUGAAGGCCAGGUGAGAUCCCAGAGUGCUAUACAAACACCCUGUCAUUCUAAGAGACUAAUGGUCCAAAGUCCUCACUUCCUUUGGAAACAGGAAUACUUUGACAUCAAGCAUGCAGCUUUUCCCUCUUCAGCUUAAAUAUUUUGGUUUUUUUCAUAGCAAAUGAUAUUGAUUGUGUCAUCAUCUUUCAAGUUUAAGAUAUGGCAUUUACUUUGAUUUCUGAAAGAAGCUUCUCUCAGAAAAUAACAUUCGAAAAAAGAAAAAUAACAACUUACUCUGUAUGUAAACCUACAUAAUAAAACUUCAACACACUGAAUCUUUCCCCCUUUUCAAGAACAACUCAACCUUUAAGGGUGAUUCAACAAGAAGAGGGAAAUUUAGAAAUUAUUUACAUUAUCAAAAAAAUCUUGAAAAGUGAGAGCCCUGGGCUGCAAAUGGACUGUCAGUUUUGGUCCUUGGUUUAGUGAAUAGAAUGGUUAGAGAGAAUCAGCACAGUCUCAGUUAAGUAUGAGCCUUGCACCUAAAUUUAAAUUAUUCAGAGCAAUUAUUCAAACACUUAUCUCUUCAGUGUAGCUAACCACGAGUACUAUGUGUAAUCCAGCCAGUCACCACUGCCUUGUCAGUUCAGUCUUUUACGUUCAGAUUUCCAUAAAUGAGGUUAAUGGUCUUAGUUAAAAGAAGCUACUAAUUUUGCCAUCAACUUUGUAGGAUGCUCUUUACAGAGGUGUUGUAUGAAGGAAAAAAGCAACAGAGCUAAGCCAACACAUCGGUACCAAAUAGAAAGAACACUAGAGCAAGCUGCUGCUAGAGUUCUGGAAUCUGCUGUCAAGAGCAUCUGGAUAGGCAAUUUCCAUGUCAUUCCAUACAUUUGGAAGACUAAGGAAGCUUCUCUAGCUCACUUCCUUCUCAUAUAAAAGACAACUUCAGCAGUGCUGCCUGUGAACUACAGUUCAGCCAUCCAGCCCCUGCAUUGCACCAGUGGUCAAACCAGCACAAUGUUACAGCUCUCCCUUCCUUUAGAGUUCAGGGAAGUGGUCUAUGAUCACAUCUUACAUCAGACUUGUACUACUUCAUGUACCUAAUUCUAUCUGUAGAGCAGAGCUAUUUUAAUCUAGGAAUGAUGUUAUAAGUUAUGUAAAUAUUCCUUUCUCUAUAGGGUUUCAUAGUUUUCACUAGCUAGUUGAAGCUAGAUUGAUGCUUUUUAUGCCAGGUAGAUAGGUAUCCUUUUCCCAAUUAAAGUCACAGACCUGUUGACUGCCUACCAUUGGAGCAGUAUUCCAACUUUGGCUCCACAAGACAGGAACAGCCUUUAAUAGCUUUAUAUGCUCUUUAACACUUGCAGAGUGUGAGGGUAUCAAAGGGUACUUAGUGCUGACUGUUAGUGAUACACAACUACAUUGUGGAAGAGCAUCAUAGUGGGGUUGUAACACCAGUUCACUUAGCAUAGUGAAACCCCUCCUCCUCAGAAAGCAUGAAACACUCAACACUCAAGGUCAAGAGUGACAAAACAUUUGAAGUGCAUUUUCACUUUUAUUUCAAAACUUUAGACAAGUUACUUUAGUAUAUAAAUUCAAUUUUUUCCUCUUACAGAAUAUAAAGAUAAUUCCCUCAUUACUUCAGUAUAAAGUGUUUUACAAGCUUGAAGACAAUUGCAUAAGUGUUUCUCAUACAGGAUAUCAGAAAUAAAGCAGUCUUUCUACAGACAUUCAGACAGGUGACUACCUCAGAAACAGCAUAGCAGUUUAGUCAAAUACAAGUGAACACGU